AUGAUGACGACGAGUGAAGAGGAAACGACGAAAUCGGCGGAAGUCGACAAGAAUGAAUUGCUGCUCAAAAAUGAGAAGGACGAUGUCAAGGAUGAUUUUACGCUUGAAAUCGAGAAGCUUCAGGCGACACUCGAGGAGAUGCUCGAAUGCGCGAGCAGUCCGAGCACAUCGCUCGAUUCGGGAAAUCACGAGAAGCUUUCAGCGACGGGUCUCGCCGCGAAGCGUCUGAUUCGAAUCGCGUGCGAGCCGUUCUCAUCGACGUCGUCGUGCCAAUCCGAUUCGGGCACGUCGACGGCGCGCGACGCGUGCGGCUGGCCGUUUUCGAUUUACGGCGGCGCCGCGCAAGGACGCCUCAUUCUCAUUGAUAUCGUGAGAAGGGAUGACCUCAUCGGGAUACUCAAUCCCAACGACAUUCUGCUGUCCAUCGAGAAUAUAAACGUGUCGGGAAUGGUUCGCUCGGAAGUCAAUUCGAUUCUGGAGGAAUCGAUGAGGAAUCGCGAUCAGAUUGCCGUCGAGAUCAUACCGGCAGGCGGAAUUUGCGAUGAAAUUGUUGAAAUAUUGGCCGAUCGAAAAGCUUCAUCCGAUUUGCAGACGAUUAUUCGCGAGAAUUUGUAUGCCAAAACUGUGCCAUACACAACUCGUCCAGCUCGCGAGAAUGAGAUCGACGGCGAACACUAUCGAUUCGUGAGCGUCGACGAGUUCAACAAAUUGCUCGACGAUGGCGAGCUGCUCGAAAGCGGCACCUAUCAAGGCCAUUUGUACGGAACACCGCGACCGCAGGAGUGUUAUGCCGACAACGAGAUGGUGAUGUGCGCCGAAGGACCGCUGCCGCCGAACUGGGAGACGGCCUAUACCGAAAAUGGCGACAAAUAUUUCAUCGACCAUAAUACGGGCACGACGACAUGGGACGAUCCGCGAGAAUUGCCGCCCGGUUGGGAGCAGGUCGAUGAUCCCGUUUAUGGAACGUUUUAUGUUGAGUAA